UGCCUUUCUCAAUAAAUCUUAAUUGCAGAAAAUUUUUUUUCAACACUUGACGAAUUAAGUGUUAACAUAGUCCCGUUGUGCACUGAUGCUAAGCCCAGCGCGUACUAAAAAGAAAGAGAAUUUGAUGUUGUGAUUUGAAACAUAAUACUAUACGAGCAAAGUUGAAUAAAAUGCUUCUAGAUCUUUCGACAAUUUAUCCAUUCGCUUUACUUACCCUAUCCGCCGCCCUUUUAUUUCGGGCAGCAGCUGAUGAGAUAAGAGUGGACAUUCGAAUAUUAGACUUCGCCAACAAAGCCAGUGUUCUCGCCGACGGUGCUACAAAAUGCAAAGCUAAUAUGUGUCAGGCCAAUCAACCACCAUGCGAUGUCCAGCUAAAGCGUGCAAUGAACACCAGUGUGUGCCCUAAAAGCUCCGAGGAAUGCUUCACACCAACAACAGCCGAUCUAAAUUCAGUGGAGUGGUGGCCCGUUUAUUUCGAGCAAUGCGUAGACCAGGCAUCGAUUAACCGUACUUUCUCCCAAGAUACCUGCAACGGAAAAUUCAAACAAAUAAACAUGGCAGUGAAAGCUUACCAUCAAGGCUACUUUACCAGUAACAAGGACAUGCAGUAUUUCGAUUGCAAAACAUCUGCCGAAGCUAAGGACGUGGCGUCUAACCUAAACGCUGCCAAAUGGUCGAAGCCGUUUCCUUGUGACCAGAAAUUCAAAAAUCCAGCGAAUGCCAAAUUAACUUACCAAUGGCGGGCAUACCAGAUUCCUAAAGAACAAUGUGGAACAAAUGCAAAAAAGGCUGCUGCUGAAACGUCUGAACAGGCUGCCAAGAAGAAUGCUAAAGAGGCAGAAGAGCAACGACUCAAGAAACAAGAGGACGAUGCGACUAAACGUGGGCUUGCAAAGCUGGUGGCGGGCGCACGAGUAAUUGUGCAGACUAUUCCAGCCGAUGGCAGCAGUCAAGAGAAAGCUACACGGUCCGCUUUACUUGAUCUUUUCAGCAAAAAUUUCGGAACACGCUACCGCACCGAAAGCCUAACAAUCAAACUUCUGUCCCGUGAUAAGGAAGAGAUGUAUUACCUCAUCAAAGGAUAUAGCGUCCCUGUCGAUAAGAAAACAAUUAGCACCGAAUUCGUCGACCUCAUCAAGAGUUCCAAAAUCCCAAACGUGGUGAAUGCUUGUUAUGAAUCAAAAGAAUGCAAAAAAAAAGUGUAAUUAUUUAUGUGUAGCAGAUAAGUAAUAUUCCACUAAAGCUAAUUAAACAACAUAGCAGUACGAGUACACCAUGUUUUAGUACUUCCACUGAAUUUAAUAAUUUUGUUGACGCUUGCGCAAUUAUCUUUACUCAACAUUUACGCGACUGCGUCUUCUAGUUCAUAGACGUGUGCUAGAAAACGCGAGGAAAUAUAGUUUCUGGAGUUCGAAAUCGCAAUAAUGAGGACGAUAGCUGUUGUAACAGCGGUUGCCGGUUGGUGGGAGGCAACAGCCAUAUGGUACAAUUAAAGCAA